AGUUGGAGGAGUGUAAGGGAGAGACGAGGGGUAUAAUCAAGGCAUAUUCUUUGACACUUUACAGGGACAGGAAAAGAGGAGAGACAGAGUGAGCGAGGAAUUCGAGUCAAAAGACACUAUAAGAGAGUAUUUUAUUUUCUGGUAUUCCCAGUUUUUCUGAGCUUAGUGGUCUUGUGUUUCUAUAAAUAGGGACCCAAUUCUGAGGUUUGAUCUCUUUUUGGUUGAGAAGAGCGUAAUUCUCGUGCAUUCUUAGCUUUUUUUUUUUUCCUGUGGAAGACGAGGAGAAGUUUCCAGUUUCGAUUGAGUGGUAGAGGAACCGAGAGAGGAGAGAAGCAGGCAAGGGAGGAAUGGCUCGGAACUUAGAGAAGCUGGCGUCGAUCGACGCUCAGCUGAGGCUUUUGGUCCCUGGGAAGGUCUCCGAAGAUGACAAACUUGUUGAGUACGAUGCUCUUCUGUUGGAUCGGUUCCUUGACAUCCUUCAGGAUUUACAUGGAGAGGAGCUCAAGGAAACGGUUCAAGAGGUUUAUGAGCUUGCUGCUAAGUAUGAAGGGAAGCAUGAUUUUCAAAAGCUGGAAGAGCUUGGAAAUGUAUUAACAAGUCUGGAUCCAGGGGACUCUAUUGUUGUUGCCAAAUCAUUCUCCCACAUGCUUAACUUGGCCAAUUUGGCUGAGGAGGUUCAGAUUGCUCACCAUCGGCGGACCAAACUUAAAAAGGGAGAUUUUCAUGAUGAGAACUCGGCAACAACUGAAUCAGACAUUGAGGAAACUCUGAAAAGACUUGUUGUGCAGCUAAAGAAGUCACCAGAAGAAGUUUUUGAUGCACUGAAGAAUCAGACGGUGGAUUUGGUCUUUACUGCACAUCCUACUCAAUCAAUUCGUAGAUCUUUGCUCCAGAAGCAUGGAAGGAUAAGGAAUUGCUUAACCCAGUUGAAUGCCAAAGACAUUACUCCUGAUGACAAACAAGAGCUUGAUGAAGCUCUACAGAGAGAGAUCCAAGCUGCAUUCCGUACUGAUGAGAUCCGGAGGACUCCUCCAACUCCACAAGAUGAGAUGAGGGCAGGAAUGAGCUACUUCCAUGAAACACUCUGGAAAGGUGUCCCGAAAUUCCUAAGACGUGUGGACACUGCUUUGAAGAACAUUGGAAUAAAUAAGCGUGUUCCUUAUAAUGCCCCUCUCAUUCAGUUCUCUUCUUGGAUGGGUGGGGACCGUGAUGGAAAUCCAAGGGUAAAUCCUGAGGUUACAAGGGAUGUAUGCUUGUUGGCUAGAAUGAUGGCUGCUAACUUGUACUUUGCGCAGAUAGAGGAUCUUAUGUUUGAGUUAUCUAUGUGGCGUUGCAGUGAUGAACUUCGUGUCCGUGCAGUUGAACUCCAUAGGUCCUCAAAGAAAGAUGCUAAACAUUACAUAGAGUUUUGGAAACAAGUUCCUCCAAAUGAACCUUAUCGUGUUAUUCUUGGUGAUGUGAGGGAUAAGUUAUAUCAUACACGUGAACGCUCUCGUCACUUAUUAGCCCAUGGAAUCUCUGAUAUUCCUGAGGAGGCAACCUAUACCAGUGUUGAGCAGUUCCUGGAACCUCUUGAGCUCUGUUAUAGAUCACUCUGUGCUUGUGGUGAUCGGCCGAUUGCUGAUGGAAGUCUUCUUGAUUUCUUGCGUCAAGUUUCAACAUUUGGCUUGUCACUUGUGAGACUUGAUAUUAGGCAAGAAUCAGACCGGCACACUGAUGUCAUGGAUGCCAUCACCAAACAUCUGGGUAUUGGAUCUUACCGGGAAUGGUCUGAGGAACAACGCCAGUCAUGGCUGUUGUCUGAACUAAGUGGCAAGCGCCCAUUGUUUGGGCCUGAUCUUCCCAAAACAGAAGAAAUUACUGAUGUGUUAGACACCUUCCAUGUCAUAGCAGAACUGCCCUCAGACAACUUUGGGGCAUACAUUAUCUCAAUGGCAACUGCACCAUCAGAUGUGCUAGCAGUUGAGCUUCUACAACGUGAAUGCCGUGUGAAGAAGCCAUUAAGGGUUGUACCAUUGUUUGAGAAACUUGCUGAUCUUGAUGCUGCUCCUGCUGCUGUCGCUCGUCUCUUCUCCAUAGACUGGUAUAGGAACAGGAUCAACGGAAAGCAGGAAGUAAUGAUUGGGUAUUCAGAUUCUGGGAAGGAUGCCGGGCGUCUCUCUGCAGCUUGGCAGUUAUAUAAAGCUCAAGAGGAGCUUAUAAAGGUUGCAAAAAAAUAUGGAGUGAAGCUGACAAUGUUCCAUGGGCGAGGUGGGACUGUUGGAAGAGGAGGUGGUCCUACCCAUCUCGCCAUAUUAUCGCAGCCACCAGACACAAUUCAUGGGUCUCUCCGGGUGACUGUUCAGGGUGAAGUAAUUGAACAGUCUUUUGGGGAGGAGCACUUGUGUUUUAGGACACUUCAGCGUUUCACUGCUGCUACACUUGAGCAUGGAAUGCAUCCAGCAGUCUCACCAAAGCCAGAAUGGCGUGCACUCAUGGAUAAGAUUGCCGUCAUUGCUACUGAGGAAUAUCGCUCUAUUGUCUUCAAAGAGCCCAGAUUUGUAGAAUAUUUCCGGCUUGCUACGCCAGAGAUGGAGUAUGGUCGUAUGAACAUUGGUAGCCGUCCAUCUAAGCGAAAGCCAAGUGGGGGCAUUGAAUCACUCCGUGCAAUUCCAUGGAUAUUUGCAUGGACGCAGACAAGGUUUCAUCUCCCAGUAUGGCUUGGAUUUGGUGGAGCGUUCAAGAAUGCCAUUGGACAAGACAUCAAGAAUCUUCAUAUGCUGCAGGAGAUGUACAAUGAGUGGCCUUUCUUUAGGGUCACCAUUGACUUGGUUGAGAUGGUGUUUGCCAAGGGAGAUCCUGGCAUCACUGCUUUAUAUGACAAGCUCCUAGUGUCAGAAGACUUGUGGCCUUUUGGAGAGCGGUUGAGGGCCAACUAUGAAGAAACUAAGAAGCUUCUUCUCCAGAUUGCUGGUCACAAGGAUCUUCUUGAAGGUGACCCAUACCUGAAGCAAAGACUCCGUCUUCGUGACUCAUAUAUCACAACCCUGAAUGUUUUGCAAGCCUAUACACUAAAGCGAAUCCGGGACCCCAGCUACAAUGUGAAGUUGAGGCCGCACUUGUCAAAGGAGAUCAUGGAAUCAAGCAAUCCAUCCAAUGAACUAGUCAAGUUAAACCCCACAAGUGAGUAUGCACCUGGCCUGGAGGAUACCCUAAUCUUGACCAUGAAGGGUAUUGCAGCAGGCAUGCAAAACACUGGUUGAAGCUUUUUUUUUUCCUUUCUAUUUCUCAUAUAGUUUAUCUUUAUCGAAGGGUAAUUAUAAAUGUCAUAAGAGAGCUGGAACUGAAUAUUUUGCUUUGAUAAAAUGUCCUUUUUCAUGUCUGGUUUACCAAUCCUUUGGCAAACUGUCUGUCAACAUUGCAUUUGUGCACUCCUAAGAAAUUAGGACAACAAAUCUCUUUUAGGUGCAGUCAUAAAGACAAUCCAAUUGAGAUGGAAAGGAUUUCUAUCAGUACUCCAGUCUGCAUGUAGAACAAUACUAUUUGAAAUCUUUGAGCAAGUGUUUUCAUGUUC